AUGUCUGUACCACCAACAAAUCAACCACCUCCGCUUCCUCCAAGACCUAUUGAUAGUCAGCAGUUGGCAAACCCAAUGAUGAACUCUGGCUUUGGCUACGGUGGAUAUGGAAUGAAUGGAUUCCCUGGAUCCGGAAUGUACGGAACCAGUGGUAUGUACGGUGGAAUGGGUUAUGGUGGAUACGGUGGAUUCAAUCACAUGGGAUACGGUCAACCCGCUGAAAGUAAUUUUGCUCGCCUCGCCGAGGAGCAAUCUCGUGGAGCAUUUCAAUCGAUUGAAUCAGUUGUAAAUGCAGUUUCUUCGGUGGCAAAUAUGCUCAACUCUACGCACAACGCAGUCUACAGCUCUUUUCGAGCAGUUAUUGGAGUUGUUGAACAGUUUGGGAGACUGAAAACGCAGCUAUCAUCAGUUGUUGUUUCUCUCGCACUUUUCCGAUGGGUUUAUAAGUUUUGGAGAUGGCUUUUGGUUAUGCUCAAGUUGAAACCUGCUAACUAUGCCAGUGUAGCGGAAAUGGCUUGGGGAUCUUCACAGCUUUAUGCGACUGUUAACUGGCCAGCCGCUCUAUUCUGGGUUGUAGCUAUUGGAGGUCCAUGGCUCAUCUACAAAUGUGUCAGUCAGAUGGUUCAGGCAGCAGAAGAAAAAAGAAAAUGGGCAACUGGAUCAGCAGCACACUACACAGCUCAGGCGCUGUUCGAUUUCCAAGCAUCCAAUGAUCAAGAGCUGAGUUUUAUGAAUGGCGAGACAUUGAGAGUAGCACCAAAAGAAGAACAACCAAGAGUGAGAGGAUGGCUUUUGGCGAGUGCUGCCGAUGGAACUCGAAUCGGAUUGGUUCCAAUAAACUACGUGAGGAUCGUUGGGAAGCAAUCACAAUCUCCACCUCUGACGCAACAGAGUAAUCUGGACACUUUUGUUAAUUCAUUCCCCUCCAAAGAUUUGAACUCUAAUUUACAGUAA